CUUCGGGAGUAAAAGUUUACUUGCCUGCGUGACGUACUUCCCUCGGCCAUUUGGUUUUGAGUCACAGAAUGUCUCACCGUAAGUUCAGUGCUCCCCGUCAUGGGUCUAUGGGAUUCUACCCCAAGAAGAGAUCCCAAAGACACCGCGGUAAGGUAAAGGCAUUCCCCAAGGAUGACCCAUCCAAACCUGUACAUCUUACUGCCUUCAUCGGCUACAAGGCCGGUAUGACCCACGUGCUCAGAGAGGCUGACCGUCCCGGUUCAAAGAUUAACAAGAAGGAAAUCGUCGAAGCGGUUACCAUUUUGGAAACUCCACCAAUGGUUGUUGUUGGCGUUGUUGGUUACAUCGAAACGCCACAUGGUCUUCGCGCUUUGGCCACCAUUUGGGCCGAGCACUUGGCCGAAGACUGCCGCAGGCGCUUCUACAAGAACUGGGGUAGAUGCAAGAAGAAGGCUUUCACCAAGGCCAGCAAGAAAUGGUCCGACGAUUUGGGCAAGAAGUCCAUUGAACGCGACUUCAAGAAAAUCAUCAAGUAUUGCAAAGUUGUUCGUAUCAUUGCCCAUACUCAGAUGAAGUUGUUGAAACAACGCCAGAAGAAGGCUCACAUUAUGGAAAUCCAACUGAACGGUGGCAGCGUAGCCGAUAAAGUCCAAUGGGCUCGUGACCAUUUGGAAAAAACCAUCCCAGUCGCCGAAGUUUUUGGCCAAGACGAGAUGAUCGACUGCAUUGGAGUCACCAAGGGUAAAGGAUACAAAGGUGUUACUUCCCGUUGGCACACCAAGAAAUUGCCUCGCAAGACGCACAAGGGUCUCCGCAAGGUCGCUUGUAUUGGCGCGUGGCAUCCUUCCCGUGUAUCAUUCACUGUAGCCCGUGCUGGUCAGAAGGGUUACCACCAUCGUACCGAGAUGAACAAGAAAAUCUACAGAAUCGGUCAAGGUGUACACAUGAAAGAUGGCAAAGUCAUCAAAAACAACGCUUCCACCGAGUACGACUUGUCUGAAAAGACCAUCACUCCCAUGGGUGGCUUCCCCCACUAUGGUGAGGUGAACAACGAUUUCAUCAUGAUUAAGGGUUGUUGCAUGGGUCCCAAGAAGCGUGUUAUCACCUUGAGGAAAUCCCUAUUGGUGCACACUAAACGUGUCGCUCUCGAGAAGAUCAACCUCAAGUUCAUCGAUACCUCAUCUAAAUUCGGACACGGUAGAUUCCAAACUCCGGCCGACAAGGUCGCCUUCAUGGGUCCACUCAAGAAGGACAGAGUCAAGGAAGAAGAAAAGGCUGCCCCAGCUGCUGCCAGUAGUUAGGUGGCUUCUUGUUCUUUGUAAGGGAUUUUAUUGUACCGACGAUGUUCAAUAAAGAAAAAAUAUGUAAAUA